AGUCCGCUAGUACAGAACUAAGAUGUUUAAAGAUCCUGGAGGGAACACACUUUCUUCAGGUGGAAGGAUUUAAUAAAUGUGACACCAACACCUUGGUUACUAAUUAUUACCAGGCUGGACCUGGUUCUAUUAGAGACCAUGCUAUACUUGAGGUUAUUACAAUGCUAAUGGAAGAGCCAGUAUUCGAUACAUUAAGAACUCAAGAGCAGCUGGGAUAUACUGUAUUCAAUACACUCAGAAAUACCCACGGGGUUCUAGGAUUCAGUAUAACUGUUAAUACACAGGCUACCAAGUAUACUGCAGAGCAUGUUGAUGAGAGAAUUGAAAAUUUCCUCGAUCAAUUCGUCCUAAACCAUCUUCAUGAGGAGAAAGUUCUUUAUGCAGCCAACAGUCUUGCAAAGCUUAAGGUUCGGGCUGACGUAACCCUAGAGGAAGAGGUUUCUAGAAACUGGAAUGAAAUUGUUAGCAAAGAAUAUUUAUUCAACAGAUAUGAGAAGGAGGUUGUUUCCUUGGCUGAGAUAAAAGUUGAAGACGUUGUUGAAUAUUUUAAACCCAUGCUCUCUACUUCUACAUCCUGUAGAAAGCUUAGUGUGCAUAUUCUUGGAUACAAGGAUGGAGUAGACGAGAAGGAAGAUAAGGAAGAGAAAGUUUUCAAUCUAAAUCUGCUCAAGAAUAACAAGCACAGUAUCAAGGAUAUCCAGGAGUUCAAGAGCAAACUUGAGAAGCAUCCUGUACUUUACAUCACAGAGUAGAGUGGGUUUAGGGAUUUUGUGGUUAUGUAAUAACAUUUUUUUGUUUUAUGUUAUUUUUUGGGAAAUAUAUCUUAAACAAUACCUUUAA